AUGUGGCCGACGAGAACGAGGCCCGACCCAGAACUGACGGUGACUUCGUGGCAGGCUGACGGCAGCAUCUCGCUUGACAACAUCCCCACCGAUACCAACUACCAGCUUCCAUCCGCCAACGGUGGUCCUUCCCAGCGUGCUUCGGUUGUGCUCGAUGAGUUUGCACGAAAACGAAGGGCGGCGGCGCUGGCCGUACCUACCGAUGACCAGCGUGUACGGGCGGUAUUGCGAGCGCGUGGAGAGCCCAUAACACUGUUUGGCGAGAAAAAGGACGACCGACGAGAGCGCUUGCGAGGGCUGCUGCUGGCGGACCAGGAUGAUGGCGGAAGUGGUGAUGAAUCAAUGGCAGAUGCGGAUGAAGAUGCCGCAGAUGGUCCCGAGGGCGAGUUCUACACCGAGGGAAACCAGGACCUCCUCGCCGCGAGACGAGACAUGGCCAAAUUCUCACUGCCCCGCGCUGCCCAGCGACUGGCGUAUCAAAAAAUCGAGAGCAAAAUCCCAGUACCCACACACGUCCGGCACCGAAAGGCUGUCAAGGAGAAGCUGGCCGGCGUGGAGCUAUUCGGGAGUCAAAUCGCGAGCGAGCGGGCAGUCAGCAUAGUGCGGUUCUCACCGAAUGGCGAGCUGGUGGCAUGCGGCGAUUGGGCAGGAAGCGUGAAGCUACUGGAUGUGCCAAAUCUGGACACGAAAGCGGUACUUCGUGGGCACAAGGGUGUCGUGGGAGGCAUAUCCUGGGUUCCCACUGCCACAUUGCCGUCUUCGACAGUCGCGCCAGAGCACGUCAAUCUGGCAUCUUCGGCACAAGACGGCGAAAUCCACCUCUGGUCUCUCACCCAGGACACUCCAGUUGCCUCCCUCAGCGGUCAUAGUGGUCGCGUGUGCAGAACGGAAUUUCACCCAUCGGGACGCUAUCUUGCCAGUGCUAGCUACGACUUUACGUGGCGGCUGUGGGACGUGAAUACCACCACUGAGCUUUUACUACAGGAAGGUCACAGCAAGGAAGUCUAUGCUGUUAGCUUCAACGAAGAUGGUAGCCUCAUCGCAACCGCCGGUUUGGAUUCAAUCGGGCGUAUAUGGGACAUGCGCACUGRACGGACCGCCAUGCUACUGGAAAGUCACAUCGCUCCGAUUCAUGCCGUAGAUUGGAGCUCUGACGGAACACGAGUAAUGACGGGUAGUGCCGAUGGAUUUGCGAAAUGCUGGGAUCUGCGCGCUGUGAAAGAAACAGCCAGCAUCGGCGCACAUGUCRGCGGCGUUUCUGAUCUCAGGUGGUUCAAGGGCACCGACGGACCGCUCUCCGGCAAGUUACCUCAGGGUGAUAUCAAGAUGAGCAAUGGCGAUUCGGAGCACGGAUCACAAGAAGAGAUGCAACCAAAGACGAGUGGUACCUUUAUCGUUUCCAGCGGUUUCGACAAAGCAGUCAACAUCUUUUCAGCGGAUGAUUGGGCGCUGUGCAAGUCUCUUACUGGCCAUGAUGGCACGGUUCUGUCGGUCGAUGCCACUGCGGACUCGAAAUGGAUUGCGUCUUGUGGCCGCGACCGGACCGUCAAACUCUGGGCGAGAGACGACAUGGACGGAAUCUAA